AAACUUGAGGACACAAGACAACUGUCUUUGAGAGAGAGAGAGGGAGAGAGAGAGGGCGCACUUUAUUUAUUGAGUUUGAGAUAUUUGUUUCUUCUUCUUCUUCUUCUCUGUGGAUGGGGGGAUUUUAGGAGGAGGGAACAAAGCAACAGCUACAACCACCACCUACUCUUCAAAUUUCAGUCAUCAUCAUCAUCAUAUUCAUAUGUGACUCUUUACCAAAUCAUAGUUUCUGAGACAUACAUACUACCACAGCAUGCCCGCUUAAAGAGUUUCCAAAGAAUCUUCACAUAAAAUUUCAAAGCAUUUUAUGUUGAUGAUGUAUGUGCGAUUCGGGCUGAUUGGGUUUUUGAAGACAGACAAAACGAAUCCUCCCUGGAAGUUCUUCUUCUUGUUUUUCAUAUUUACAAACCUUCUCUGUUUCGGGUCGUGACCUUUUGCAUUUUUUGAUGAUCUAGGGUUUAUUAUGGAGAUGGAGACUUGAUGAUACUUCAUUAUGGAAGAUGGUGCUUUUAUACCUAAUAUAAUGCUGGAAACACUUUCAGACAACACUCUGAAUUUUGAACUUUUAGACGAGCUCUUAUACGACGGAUACUGGUUAGAGACCGCUGAAGAAUCCAAUUUAUGGCAGCCCGUUCUGUCCACUUCUAGCCCUUUAAAUUUCUCUUCGUAUUGCCCUCCUAAUUCAGAGACUAAAAUGGACCAUUUGAAUCCAAACCCACAUAAGAAAAGCUGUGAAGAAGGAACAGAAAGAUCAUAUUUUGGUGACAAUCUGCCUCUGGUUUAUCCCCAAAUGGAUAACCUUAUUGGAAGUCAAACACAAAACAUGGAAGUUAUCCUGUCUGCAGCAUCUCCGGGCCAAUCAGAAAAUUUUAUGGUCGAUGGCACUGAAAUGAGCACAAGAUUGUGGAUUGCACCAAGUGCAAAUCCAAGGCCGAUCUUCUCUGUGGAGAAGAGAUUAAUGCAGGCAAUUGAGUACCUAAGAGAAUCGACAAGAGAUAGAGAUGUCCUCAUUCAGAUAUGGGUGCCUAUAAAGAGAGGAGGCAAACAUGUCCUGACCACUAACAACCAACCGUUCUUUCUCAGUCCCAACUGCAAGAGUCUUGCAGAUUACAGAGAUAUUUCGAGGAACUAUCAGUUUGCAGCGGAGGAGAAUUCAAAGGACUUUUUUGGGUUGCCUGGCCGUGUUUUCUUGAACAAAUUGCCGGAGUGGACUCCUGAUGUUCGAUUCUUCAGAAGGGAGGAAUACCCACGUGUUAAUUUUGCUCAGCAGUAUAAUGUAAGCGGGUCUAUUGCACUUCCUGUUUUUGAACGGAGCAGAGGCACCUGUUUGGGUGUUCUUGAGAUUGUGACUACUGCUCAGAAAGUCAAUUAUCGCCCUGAACUUGAAAAUGUCUGCAAAGCACUCGAGGCCUUUGAUUUAAGGAGUUCUGAAAUAUUGAGUCCUCCCACAAUAAAGGCUUGUGAUGAUUCUUACCAAUCGGCAUUGAAAGAGAUUCAAGAGGUUUUGAAAUCUGUCUGUGACGUGCAUGGACUACCUUUAGCUCAGACUUGGGCUCCGUGCAUUCAACAAGGCAAAGCUGGGUGCAGACAUUCCGACAAGAACUAUGCUCGUUGUGUUUCCACUGUUGAUUCUGCUUGCUACGUUCCGAAUCUGCAAGUACUAGGCUUUCACGAAGCAUGCUCCGAGCACCACCUGCUUAGAGGUGAAGGCAUUGCUGGGGGAGCAUUCAUGACGAACCAACCCUGUUUUGCCACUGACAUUACUGCUUUUAGCAAGACUGAAUAUCCUCUUUCUCACCAUGCCAGGGUGUUUGGAUUGCGUGCCUCUGUAGCAAUACACCUUCGAAGUGUCUAUACUGGAUCGGCCGAUUUUGUCUUGGAGUUCUUCCUUCCGUUGGAUUGCCAUGAUGCUGAAGAACAGAGGCAUAUGUUGAGUUCGUUAUCCUCUGUGGUACAACAUGUUUGCCGGAGUUUACGUGUUGUUACAGACCAGGAGUUAGCGGAAGAAACCAUUGUCCCUACGGGCGGAGGACUUGAUGAAGAAAACACCCGGGAAUUGGUAUCUUCGCUUUCAAAAGAACCCUCUCGAGAAGAAGAAUCGUCAUGGAUUGCCCAUAUGAUGGAGGCUCAACGAAAGGGUAAAGCCGUUGCUGUGUCGUUAGGGUUCCAAAAGGAGGAGCCGGAAGAGUUGUUCAAGGUGACAACCCAUUCGGAUAAUGAUGGGAUGGAGUUCAAUUUUGGGGAGGCUUUUUUGGGGCAUAAGCAAAUUCAUCAAGAUACUGGAUCCAAAGGAAGUGCCAAGAGCAGCGGAGAUUUUUCUUCUGUCGGCAGACGUCGUGUAUCAGGUGGCAGAAAACCAGUUGAAAAGAGACAGACUAAGACUGAGAAGACUAUUAGCUUGCAAGUUCUUCGACAAUACUUUUCUGGGAGCCUGAAGGAUGCUGCAAAGAGUAUUGGGGUGUGCCCCACUACCUUGAAAAGGAUAUGCAGGCAACAUGGCAUCACUCGGUGGCCUUCACGAAAGAUAAAAAAGGUCGGACACUCAUUAAGGAAACUCCAAAAUGUAAUUGACUCAGUGCAAGGCGUCAAGGGUGCUAUUCAACUCAGCUCGUUCUACACCAACUUCCCAGAACUAAGUUCUCCAAAUUUACCUUCCACGACAAGCCCUCUCUCCACAUCGAAGAUGAAUGAUCAGUUGAAGCAGCACGACACCCAACCUGAGGCCAGCCUUUUUAGCCCUGUAACCACUACCUCAAAAUCUCCCUCCUCUUCCUGCAGCCAAGGCUCCUGUGCAAGUUUCUGCUGUUCCACAGAAGCUAAGAAGCUGCCACCUGUCACUGUCCUUCACGCCUCAGGUGGUGGAGAUGCUGUAUUGGUAGAACAGCCCAGUGGGGUGCUAAAAAGAGCAUGCAGUGAUGCUGAAUUACACAAAUCGGGUCAAGAGGAAACCAAGCUUAUUGGAAGAUCCAAAAGCCACAAAUGUUUCAGUGAGCUUCCAAUGCUUGAUGCCGUGCAGACUUCAUUACCAAAGAGUGGCAGCCAGGUUUCAAGACGUGGGAGCAGUUUUAAAAUAAAAGCUACUUUCGGGGAAGAAAAGAUCCGAUUCAGCAUGCAACGAAAUUGGACUUUUAGAUAUUUACUGCAAGAGGUCGCAAGGCGUUUUGGUAUGGAGGAUAGUAGUAGGAUCGACAUCAAGUAUUUGGACGAUGAUUCUGAGUGGGUCCUUCUGACAUGUGAUGCUGAUCUCGAGGAGUGUAUAGACGUGCACAGAUCAUCUAGGAGCCACACGAUUAAACUCACAGUUCACCAAGCUUUGAAUUUGAGCCUUGGGAGUUCUAUUGGCAGCAGUGGUGCACCUUAACACACACAAUGAUCUGUUUGUGGUGACUUGGGUUUAAACUAAUAAUAAUAGAAAAUAAAUGAAGUAUAUAUAGCUAUGAUCUUUUGAAGUCUGGUCGGUUUGUUUUCUUGAUAUAGAGCAAGUAGGUUUUUUUUUUUUUUUUUUUUUUUUUUUUUUU